AUGCGUGGUCCACGGCCCAUGGUGGAUGGCAGAGACUCCAAUAGGAGGAAUACGGAAGAAUUCACCCAGACCGGAGACUGGGACACGGCUAGGCGUACGCGGUGGAAAAACUAUCAUGAGCAAACACUCGAUUCAGGCUUGCUGGAUGAUUAG